AUGACUUGUAUCAUUCUCCACAACAUGAUUGUGGAAGAUGAGUAUGAUUACGAUGCUGAUGAAGUGUAUGAACCAGAUCCCAUGAACACAUCCUUAACACGAAUUUAUGAAAUACCUAUGGGGCCAAAUGGGGGGCCAAAUGGAGAACCAGUGCAGCAUGAUCCGUUGGUUAGAGACGGUAGUUUCAUGCCUCGUAUGAUUCAGCGCUACAAGGAGAUGCAAUCGUCAUAUAUUCAUGAACGCCGUCAAGUUGACUUGAUGGAGCAUUUGUGGGUGGUGAAAAGCAAUGAAGAAAAUGUGGUUAGUGAGGAGGAAGCAGUGCCAUUGAGCUCCUACGACCCAGAGCUCGUAGCGGCUGAGAAAUGCAGCCAACCCAAAACGCAGCAGCAGCAGCCCAAGUGCCUGAGGAGGUCGCCGAGACUUUCUCCGCUGCCCGAUUUGCCUCCCGGGACGGGGGUCAAGAGUAUUUUGGGAAAUGUCGCUUCCAGAAAGUUCGAGAACAAGUGUGCGACGAGCAUAAGAAGGUCUCCCAGAUUUACGUCACCAGUGGUGGAAGCUGAGAAUAGCAAAACUGGGACUGCAUCGCUUCAGCAUAAAAAAAGCAAGCACGGAUGCAUGGGAUCAAAUGCUUACAAGGAUAAAGAUACAGUAUCAAAUGUAGAGAGCUCGGUAGAGAAGUCUGUCAGGAGAUCUCCAAGGCUGAUGAAUCACUCCGAAGCGGAAAGCUGCUGUCUGAAAGUUUCUUCACAAGAGAUAUCCCUGAGAAACUUGGAAUCCCUUGAAAAAAGCUGCUUCAAGGCCAUGUCCUUAAAACCUUCUGAUGUCGAAGCAUCAUCAAGAGAUAUAGAAGUCCAGCAUUUAUCUCUCUCAUGGCAUGAAUGUGGUGAUAAAGAACCUAUGCCCUUGAGGAGGUCUUCAAGGCUAAUGUCAUCCCCUGGAAACAUUAUUAGUGAAUCAUUGAAAAAUUUUGACCUUAAAAAAUUGGAUGAAAAGCACAUACGGAAAUCUCCUAGAUUUUCUCAUUGUGUGAAUGAAAGGCACAUAAGGAGAUCUCCUCGAUUUUCCCUUUCUGUGGCAGCGGAUGAGAAAAAUUCUAAUCUAAAUUCUAGUAUUGUUGGAUUGUUUGAUUCAGAAGAUGAGAGGAGGUCUUCAAGGCUAAUGCCAGCCCCUGAAAACGGCGAUAGUGAAUCGUUGAAAAAUGUUGACCUUGAAAAAUUGGAUGAAAAGCACAUGCGAAGAUCUCCUAUAUUUUCUCAUUGUGUGAAUGGAAAGGAGAUAAGGAGAUCUCCUAGAUUUUCCCCUUAUGUAGCAGCUGAGAAAAACUCUAAUCUAAAUUCUAUUAUCUUCGGAUUGUCUGAUUCAAAAGAUGAGUUUCCAUCCAAGAAGAUAUUGAUGUCAUUAGGAAAAUCUGAUUCAAGAAUUUUUGAUGAAAAAUACUUGAGGCAAUCCCCAAAAGAAGCCACGGCUAUGUUUGAGAAUGAAGGAAGAGAAACAGAAUGCUCUUUGAUUGAAUUGCCGGAGACAUAUGUGAAACAGCAACCAAAGAAAAGGAAAACAUUGGAUUCAUCAGAGAACAGUGAAGAUGAAGAAGAUGAGAUAAUUUUGAAUGUGGAAUGUCACUUUUCUCAAGCUAAAAUUGGCAAUUGCAUCUUCAGUCUUGGAGAUUGUGCAUACAUAAAGGGUGAUGGAGGAAAAAAGCAUGUGGGAAGGAUCUUAGAAUUUUUCAAGACAACUGAUGGAGAAAAUUAUUUUAGAGUCCAAUGGUUUUAUAAAGUUGAAGAUACGGUUAUCAAAGAUGUAGGGGAUGUUCAUGACAAGAGGCGUUUAUUCUAUUCUACUAUAAUGAAUGAUAAUUUGAUAGAUUGCAUAGUUUCAAAAGUCAAUGUUAAACAUGUAUCUCCUAGGGUGGGGUUAAAAGGGAACUCCAUUUUGUCGUCUGACUUCUACUAUGAUAUGGAAUACUGUGUGGACUAUUCCACGUUUCGCUCCUUGAUUACUGAUAAUUCUCUUAAGAACCAAAACUUGCCAGCAUACAAUUCAAUUGAAGCAGUCUCUAUACUGUCAACUGCAAACUUGUUGGAGAAUAUGCCCAGCUCUGAAACUUACAAUGCAGAGUUAGCAGUCUUAGAUCUUUAUUGUGGUUGUGGUGGUAUGUCAACUGGAUUGUGUCUUGGUGCCAAACUGUCUUGUGUUAAUCUUCUCACGAGAUGGGCCCUUGACAGUGAUAAAUCUGCCUGUGAAAGCUUGAAGUUAAAUCAUCCAGAAACGCAAGUCAGGAAUGAAGCAGCUGAGGAUUUUCUAGAACUGUUAAAAGAAUGGGAAAAGUUAUGCAGACGGUAUACAGUCAAUGAUGUUGAAAGAACUCAUCCAUUAAGAUCAAAAACAUCAAAAACACCCAAGAAUAGUAAUGAGAUUGCUACAGACGAAUAUGAAGUUUCGAGGAUUGUUGAUAUCUGCUACGGUGAUCCUAAUAAGACAGGAAAGCAUGGAGUAAACUUUAAGGUGCAUUGGAAGGGUUAUAGUAGCAGUGAAGAUACAUGGGAACCAAUUGGAGGGUUAAGUAACUGCCUAGGAAGCAUACAGGAUUUUGUACGAUAUGGGAAGAAGGUGAAGAUCUUGCCACUUCCAGGUGAUGUUGAUGUAAUUUGUGGGGGCCCUCCUUGCCAAGGCAUUAGCGGCUAUAAUCGCUACAGAAACGUUGAUUCUCCAUUAGAUGAUGAGAGAAAUCAUCAAAUUGUAGUCUUCAUGGACAUUGUAAAAUUUUUGAAGCCAAAGUAUGUGUUGAUGGAAAAUGUAGUUGACAUUUUGAGAUUUGAUAAAGCUUCUCUUGGUAGGUAUGCACUUAGUCGUUUGGUGCAUAUGAAUUACCAAGCAAGGCUAGGAAUACUUGCUGCCGGUUGUUAUGGCCUUCCACAAUUUCGGUUGCGUGUUUUCUUGUGGGGUGCUCAUCCUUGUGAGAAUCUACCUCAAUUUCCUCUUCCUACACAUGAUGUCAUAAUUAGAUACUGGCCUCCACCAGAGUUCGAGCGCAAUACUGUUGCUUAUGAUGAAGACCAACCUCGUGUAUUAGAAGAAGCUCUGGUUCUUCAUGAUGCCAUCUCUGAUCUUCCUGCUGUCACAAACGAUGAAACAAGUGAAGAAAUGUCGUACCAAAAGCCUCCUGGAACAGAUUUCCAAAGAUAUAUAAGGUCAACGCAAUAUGAGAUGAUGGGAUCUGUGUUAGAUGGCACUAUGAAAACAAAAGUUUCACUGUAUGACCAUCGGCCUUACCCGUUGUUCGAAGAUGAUUACUUACGAGUUUGUCAAAUUCCAAAAAGAAAGGGAGCAAACUUCCGGGACCUCCCUGGUGUUGUUGUAGGAAAUGACAAUGUGGCUCGGAGGGAUUCAACUGAAAAGCAUUUGCUGUUGCCAUCAGGAAAACCAUUAGUACCAGAUUAUGCCUUCACUUAUGAACAAGGCAAGUCAAAAAGACCAUUUGCGAGGUUGUGGUGGGAUGAGACAGUGCCCACUGUACUGACGUUCCCAACUUGUCACAGCCAGGCAAUAUUACAUCCAGAGCAAGACCGAAUCCUCACUUUACGAGAAUGUGCAAGAUUGCAAGGGUUUCCUGAUUAUUAUAGAUUCUGUGGGACGGUUAAGGAGAGAUAUUGUCAAGUUGGAAAUGCAGUUGCAGUCCCUGUUGCACGAGCUUUGGGAUAUGCUUUGGGAUUGGCAGUUCGAAAGCUCAGCGGGGAUGAACCACUCAUGACUCUCCCCCGAAAUUUUUCUCAUUCAAAUUAUUUUCAAUUCACAAAAGUUUGGCCUCUUGAGACUGAAGAAUAAUGAUUCUCUCCAUCAUCACCUAUAACGUACUCUCAUAAGUUGCGGCAUUGACAUGAAAUUUUCCUUUAAUUCUUUUUGUCAAGGCUCACUGUGCAUCCUAGCGGAAUGGAUAGGAUUUAACCAUUUUUUCAACUCAGAGUGCCCAAUUUAUUUGCCCUUUUUCUAGAUCAAGUCCACUAGAUUUCGACAUGUCCGUUUGCAUUUGUUCUUGAACCCUCGGUUCAUUUAAACUUAAACCCGAAUUGGUGUCUUGUUCCUAUGUUGUAUUUAUUAUUGUCAAGCUUGUAAUUGUUAUCAUUCAUUAUU